AUGGCAGGACAUCGGUCCUGGACGUGCCAAGGUUCCCCGCAACUCCAGCAGACCAGCCAGACUUCAUACCUUCUGCAGCGGAUUCACCAGUCUGUGGGGGAGAGUGGAGAGGGAUGGGGUACCACGGAUAUGCCGCCAUAUUUUCCUCAGCCAGCUGGACUGCCUCAUCCAGCGAUGCCAGUUGAUGGUAAUGGACCCACUCCGCUGUUCCUUUUGGGCUGCAAAGCUGCUAAACACUCAGUGAAUAACAGCAGCCAUGGCUGGCCCAUUCCUGGCCUGCCCUGGGUCACAGGGAAAGAGUAUUUGGCAGGACUUGGCUUGUUCCCUGUCAGCACCAGCCACAUCUCCAGCCUGGAGAGAGACACAGAAGAGAUGGAUGAGCCACCUGAUGAUCACAGUUUGGGUCAUUUCCAGGAGCUGGAGGCUCGCAGACUCAAGCAUCAGUGGGGGGAGAACGGGCAUGACAGAAAGCUGCAGAGAUAUAGAACUCAACGGGUGCUGGGCACUCAUCUCCACAGAGACACUCAUGAGCCAGAGUACUACAGCAGUUCAGAGAGACUCAGUCAUCUGGCUGCAGCCGAGCGGCCCUGUCCACACAAAUCACUAAUUUCACAAGUGCCAUUAAGACUCCAGAUCAAAGUGAAUGGACAGAGGGGAGGUUUGGGUAUCUGUAUCGCAGGAGGGAAAGGCUCGCUGCCUUACAAAGAAAAUGAAGAGGUGGGUCUUAUCAGAAUGUAUUGCCAGAGUGUCUAG